CGCUAGUAUAGCUCUGAUUCGCGUUCCCUGUUGUUUUUCAAAUUUGAGACAAAAUUCAUUAACAAUUUAUCAUCGAUGUUUAACAAUGUGUUUACAGAUUGUCAUAUCUCUUAACCAUUUUAUGUGAAAUUUGGUUUCAUCAAUAAAAUGUUUAUCGUCAUAGAAACUGUCAAACGUUCUAUGUGUUCUAAAGUUAAUGUUAUAUAGUUAAAAGUAUAUAACAACUCUGCCGUUUGAUUGUAAUUUAACAGCAAUGUCGACAGACUAUACAGAACGGUAUAUUUUUGAAGCAGAAUGGUACGACAAGAUUGCUUGUAUUUUGAAAAAGUUUUAUUUAUAUUAUUAUCCAGUAGACAACACUGUAGAAUUGUUUGAUUUAAAGACAAGGAAAACAUUUUUAAGAAGAACCAAAUGCGAUGGUAUUAAAGCAGAAGAUUUUUAUAUUGGAGCAAUUAUAACGAUAUAUUCACGGAACAUAAAAAUUAUUGACUUUGCCGAUAAGAAUACAAAGAGUAAAUUGCAAACAAUAACACAGAAAACUUUUGCAAUUAUAAAACCUGAUGUGAUGGAUAAAAUGGGUGAAAUAUUAAAAAGAAUUAUAGCUCACAAUUUUCAUGUUGCAAAUAUUAAGAUGGUAAAACUUACCAAAGAGCAAGCAACAGAAUUUUGUAAAGGAAAAGAAUCAACUCAGUUGCCAUUCAUUAUAAAUUUUCUUACAUCUGAACCUGUCUUAGCACUGGAACUCUUAGGAGAUGACGCCGUUGCACAAUGGCUGAAAUUAAUAGGCCCAGAAGAUAGCAGCGAAGCUCGUAAGACGGCACCGUCUUCUUUAAGAGCAUGUUAUGGAAAGGACAAUAUUCAGAAUGCCAUUCAUGGUUCUGAGAAUUCAGAUGCAGCAGAGAAUGAAUUAUCUUUUUUCUUUCCUGAUCAAAAAAGCAAGAAGAAAGGGCCUGACAAUACUGCAACAUUAAAAAAUUGUACAUGCUGCAUUAUUAAACCGCAUGCGAUACAACAAAAACUUAUAGGUCACAUUAUUGAAGAUAUUCAGAAAGCUGGUUAUACGAUCUCUGCAAUUCAACAAUUUCAUGUAGACUCAGUUAAUGCAGAAGAAUUUUUGGAAGUUUAUAAAGGAGUACUUACGGACUAUGGAGCUAUGGUGGGUGAGUUACAGUCUGGACCUUGCAUCGCGAUGGAAAUAACUCAUAAGGAUGAAAAUUGUGAUAUACAUACAGACUUUAGAAAAUUAUGUGGUCCGAUGGAUCCGGAUAUUGCUCGUCAGAUAAGACCAAAUACCUUAAGAGCAAAGUAUGGAAAUACCAAAGUACAAAAUGCUGUCCAUUGUUCAGAUUUACCAGAGGAUGGACCUUUAGAGGUCGAAUAUUUUUUCAAGAUACUUGAUGAGAUGUGAACGUUAUAAUUACGGCUAUCGAACAACGAUCAUUUUUUUCUUCUUUUAUCGAGGAAGGAUUGAACGACAAAUUAUUUUACUACUUUUUUUAUAAUAAAACUUGAAACGUCAAGAGUCUCGUUUUACGUAAUGAAAACAUGCAAAAUUAUCUGGCGUAGAAAAGAUGGAUAAUACGAAUCCUCAGAAUAUUUCUUUGGAAAUUUUUCUACUUAGAUUAAACUUGCGUAACAUUACCUUUUAUCGUGCGGAACGUCAAUGCCGUAGAAAUCUCAACUCGGUCGUUUUCUAUAAAAAAAGUUUACUUUUCCAGUUUCGCAUGAAACGCCUAUUAUUCGGAUUCAUGUGGUAAUCGAUCAUUGCGAUAUAUAAGAGGUUUCUAACAUCUAAGAAAACCGACGUGUAUAUAAAUAGAUUCCAAUGAAAUCCUAUAGUAAAAGUUUAUCUUUCAGCCGAGUUAUGCGACAAGCUCUCUUAAUCUCGUCAUUUCUUUUUAUCGAUUUACUCCCUCUUAUAAUUUGCUUAGGUCGUUAAAUGGUCGAUUACUUUCUUACAUUGUUUCUAUCGACGAUCGCUAUUUUAAUGCUUGAUUUACAAAUUUUUCCAUUCAAACGCAAAACAAAAAUAAUACGAAACAAAUCAAACGAAUCGCGUAAAUGUACGAUUUUAUAUUAUAUUUAUGGAUAUUUUAAUCGGUGCUUAUAAAUUGAUAGUUUUACUCCUUA